AUGCACGCGCCUGUGAUAGCAUGGGAUAGCAGGGAGGAACGCGAGAACGAAAGGCCACGGGUGCUUACCUACACCCGCAAGGGCGUUAAUUUAAGAGCUAAAGUGCUACCUAGAGUCACGCGAGACAUACUCUGGACAGAGGUGAACGGAUACGCUAUACUUAACGUGUACCAGAACCGAGAGGCACCAGAACCAGCAGUCACCUAUAUACAGGAACUGACACCACCAAACAGAUGCGUUAUUGGAGGGGAUAUGAAUGCAAGACAUGAGAGUUUCGAACCUGGCUCGGUGACCACAGGAGGCGGGUCAGAGCUCGCACGCUGGGCCCAGACUCACGCCAUGGACUUCAUCGGGCAGCCAGGAGUGCCAACUCAUCGAGCUGGCCACGUAAUAGACCUAACAUUCUCAAACAUUUCCUUUGCCGACACAGUGGUACGGCCGGACAUGCACUCUGGCUCAGACCACGCAACACAGGUCACGACAUUACCAACUCGAGGACUAGCAGCAGAAGAUCCAAAGAAGCACAGAGUACUAGAGAGACACCUAGAAAGGUUCACAAAACUAGUAGGCCUAAAUAUCAUAGGUAUCAGGGAUCCGGCAAGAGCCAGCAACCAAAGCCAACUACAAACAAUAAUCCAGGACCUUACACAAGCGAUAGAAGAGGCAAUCCAGACAGCAGGGGUUAGAGAGAGGGAACAAAUCCAAGUGGCGCCAUGGUGGACGACAGAAUGCCAGACAGCGUACCGG